AUGAAGCAGCCUCUUGCUUUUCCUGGGUGGUUUAGAACAGUGAGCCUCUGCUUAUGUUUGGCCCACACUGUCACAUCUGCAAUUUUGACAAACUCCACACAACUGGAGUCCAUCCUGGACAAGUACAGGGACAAGGAUGAAGAGUGGUGGAAAGCCAGAACAAGAGGAAAGAGAGCUAUCAGUGAAGGUGACAUGCAUCUCAUCCUGGAUCUGCACAACAAGUUGCGUGGUCAAGUCCACCCUCCAGCCUCCAACAUGGAGUACAUGGUGUGGGAUUACGAGUUAGAGAGAAGCGCCGAGCACUGGGCCCAUACAUGCCGAUGGGAACAUGGACCGAGCUACAUGUUGACACAAAUAGGCCAGAACCUUGGCGCACAUUGGGGCAGGGAGCGUCCUCCCACCUAUCACGUGCAGGCUUGGUAUGAUGAAGUGAGGCACUACAGCUAUCCUUACUCGCAGGAGUGUAACCCACACUGCCCUUUUAGAUGUUCAGGGCCUGUUUGCACUCACUAUACUCAGUUGGUUUGGGCCACAAGCAAUCGUAUUGGAUGUGCCAUCAAUGUGUGUUACAACAUGAACGUGUGGGGAAUGAUCUGGGCUAAAGCUGUUUACCUGGUCUGCAACUACUCUCCACCAGGAAACUGGUGGGGUCAUGCUCCUUACAAGUAUGGCGCACCGUGCUCUGCUUGUCCCGCCAGUUAUGCUGGAGGAUGCAGGGACAAUCUGUGCUACAAAGAUGGAGGGAUUGACAGGCAACCUGCGCCAGAGACCGAGGAAACAAACUAUAUUGAACCAGAGCCGGAUGCAGUAAGGGAGACGGAGCCCCAACCCAGGGCCCAUACUCCAAACCCUCCACAACCCACUGAAGUUGCAGAAAGAAACCGGGUUGUAAGCACUGAGCAGAUGUGCCAACAGAUGGACUGUGACACAAAGCUGAGAGAUCGGUGCAAAGGAACAACAUGUAACAGAUAUGAGUGUCCACCUGGCUGCUUUGACAGACACGGAAAAGUAGUUGGGACUACAUCUUAUGACAUGCAAUCCAGUGUAUGUGGAGCCGCAUUGCAUGCUGGUAUUAUUGAUAAUGAUGGAGGAUGGUUGGAUGUGACUCGACUAGGUCGAAAACAACAAUUCACUAAAUCAUACAAGAAUGGCAUUCAAUCAAUAGGGAAGAACAGAAGUGCAAAUUCCUUUAAAGUACAGACUGUGCCUGUCAAGGCUGUAGCUUGUGACACCACAGUAGCACUGUUCUGUCCCUUUAAGAAACCGGUGCGACAUUGUCCAAGGUUGUAUUGUCCUAAGAACUGUCUACGUGAGAGUCAAGCCAGAGUCAUUGGGAGUAAAUAUUACGCUGAUAAAUCAAGCAUUUGCCGAGCAGCCCUUCAUGCUGGAGUUAUCCAAAAUGAGUCCGGAGGUUACAUUGAUGUGAUGCCAGUGGACCGCAGGAGGCAGUACAAUGGCAACCAUCAAAAUGGCAUCACUUCAGAAAGUUUACUUAACCCAACGGGAGGAAAGGCCUUUCGAGUGUUUGCUGUUAUUUGA